AUGGACGGCGUGCGCGAGGCCACCGCCAACCUGUCGCUCGCGGACGGUGCCGCGGGCGGCGCAGCCGCGCAGAGCGGAAUCGGAAACGCAGGGGGGCGGCGCAACCGCAUCCAGGUGUCGAGCUCGAAGCGGCCGCUCUAUUUCUACGUGAACCUCGCUAAGCGGUUGCUGCAGCAGUUCGAGGAGGUGGAGCUGUCCGCGCUGGGCCUGUCGAUCGCAACAGCGGUGACAGUGGCGGAGAUACUGAAGAACAACGGCUUCGCCGUCGAGAAGAGGGUGGCGUGCAGCACCAUGGACCUGCGGGCGGACGACAGGGGGGGGCGCGCUCCCUUCAAGCCCAAGCUGGAGGUGGUGCUGGGCAAGUCAGAGCACUUUGAGCAGCUCAUGGCUGCAGCAGCGGAGGAGGCGCUUGUUGCGCCGCCGGAGACCAGCUGA